ACUCCCAUCCCAUGUUCCAUGUUUCAGGAACAAACAAACAAACGGAAACCCCCCGACACGCCCCCAACAGACCGGACGCGGACGCGGACGCCGAUCCUCUCAAACUUCCGCCUUUUUUUCUUUCCAAUCUGUACUAGCCUGUGAUUCUUCCACCCCUCCCCGCGCCGCCUCCCCUGAUUUCUUUUCUCCCCACCCGCCGGAUUCGGCCCCCUCCUUGCGCCCCUCAGCUGUCAUCCUCCCCCAACCGAAAUCCGCUGCUGCGGCGGCGGCGAGCCAGGCCGGCUGCUGCUCUGCUGCCCGCGGGCCGGUAAGGAACCCUAGCUUGACAGCAGAUCGUCUCUCCCCCUAUCCCUCCGGCAGUUCGAGCUAUCAAGAACCGAGCCCUCCCCUCUCUCCGUGCAGGCGGCGGCCGAUUCGUCUGGCGCGGGUUCGGCCGGGCGGCGCCGCCUUCUCCGCCAAUCAAGAUCGAUCUGGGCUCUGACGGCAGCCCCUCGCGAGCUGCUGCCCGGCCGCGGGCGUCGUCGGGGACAUGAAGGCCGCGCCGCUGCCCCGCACGAGAGCGGCAGCUUCUCCGAGGCGGCGCGCGUGGAUACUCGCCGUCGCGGCCCUCGUCUCCGUCGUGGUGGUCUGGGCCUACCACUACCCGCCCCAGCAUUACGCCUCCCCCGUCAGCAAUUGGCUCCCGGUGGAGCCCGACAGGGAGCUGACCGACGACGAGAGGGCCUCCCGCGUUGUCUUCGGCCACAUACUCUCCACGCCGCCUGUUCGGUCCAGGGGGUCCAAGAUCGCCUUCAUGUUCCUCACCCCGGGCAACUUGCCGUUUGAAAAACUAUGGGAGAAAUUCUUCGAGGGUCAUGAGGGAAGAUAUACCAUAUAUGUUCACGCCUCGAGGGAGAAGCCAGAACAUGUCAGUCGCUUAUUUAUUGGUCGAGAUAUACACAGUGACAAGGUACAGUGGGGUCAGAUUUCUAUGGUUGAUGCUGAGAGAAGGUUGUUGGCGAAUGCUCUACAAGACAUUGACAACCAGCAUUUUGUGUUGCUUUCUGACAGCUGCGUACCUUUGCACAAAUUUGACUAUGUGUAUGACUACCUGAUGGGAACAAAUCUCAGUUUUAUUGACUCCUUCUAUGAUCCUGGACCACACGGAAAUUUUAGAUAUUCGCAAAAUAUGUUACCUGAGGUUAGAGAGUCUGACUUCAGGAAGGGUUCACAGUGGUUCUCAGUCAAGCGGCAACAUGCAUUGAUGACAAUCGCGGACAGUCUUUACUAUACAAAGUUCAAGCUUUAUUGUAAGCCAGGAAUGGAAGGUGGACGCAAUUGCUAUGCCGAUGAGCAUUAUAUGCCAACACUAUUCAAUAUGAUGGAUCCAAAUGGAAUAGCGAAUUGGUCUGUAACUCAUGUUGACUGGUCGGAAGGAAAGUGGCAUCCAAAAGCUUAUCGGGCGCAAGAUGUCACUUAUGGGCUCCUGAAGAAUAUAACUUCAAUUGACAUGAGUCACCAUGUUACAAGCGAUAGCAAGAAAGUGGUUACACAGAACCCUUGCUUAUGGAAUGGAGUGAAGAAACCAUGCUACCUGUUCGCCAGGAAGUUCUACCCUGAGUCCAUGAACAAUCUCAUGUACUUAUUCUCGAAUUACACCCUCUUUUGAGUGUGCUGUGCUCAUCCCAUAUACUACAGGAAUUUACAGGAGAUAUUUUUGCUAUAGAAACAUCUGUACAUUUGGAAGGACAUUAGAUCUUUUGACAAGUUGGUGGAUAUAGAAGAUAUACGGAGGAGAAGGCAUUCGCUGCAGUAAUUGAGUGGUUCCCAAUCCCAUCUCCAUCUCAGUCCAUUUUAACUCGCUCCAGGACAUCACAUAUUUAGGACGACCAUGUCUUUUUACUAGUUUCUUUACAGAUUUUUAGUCACAGAUUCUGUGAUGUAUAGUAAGAUUACUGUAACUCGGAAAAGCCAUUAGAUGAUGCCCAUUAUUGGUUACACUAAUACCACUGAGUCUGCUCAAAGCUCCGUCGUAUCAUUUCGCUUGUUCAAGUGGCUGUCAUGUUCUGCAUUUCAUAUUUCCACAGUACUUGCUUGAUUUUGAAAUAUAAGGUGUAUUUUUUUGGGAAAGUAAUUUUUUUUCUUUUUUUCUGACCAGGUUUAUAUAGAUUUUUUUUCAUUGUGUAUUUUUGUUCAUGAAAUAUAUUUUUAUCAUUAUUUUUCGGUACUGAGAUGUUGAUAUCUUUUUUUAUAAUAUACUCUUUCUGUCUGGGAAAACUUGUCCCUGGCGGUAUUUUACCAAAAAAAAACCUCGCCUUUCCUUCGACAAACCACGCGGCCCACCAAGCCUGCUCCGUCGCCUCGCCACGCGCCGGCCGCCUUCUCCCCCUCGUCUCGCCUCUUCUCUUCGUCUGCACCGGGAGAUCAAGCGGGAAGGGAUCCCCUUUUCUGCAAAGCCCGUGACUUGCCGGCUCCGGCGGCGGCGCUCAUGCCCCCGUGAAUUGCUCCAGCCACAUGCAGAGAACCGCCCUCUUCGCUCCACCGGCUUCUCGUGUCGCCGCCGCCGCCGCUUCUGCUGCUUGUCUCCGUCUCCUGCAUGCUCGACAAGCGAUUGGAGGAGGAGUUGGUGCCAAGGACCGGACCUGAUGCGCCUUGAUACGUGAUCUGCAGCGCCCUUGAUCUCAGGAGUCGCAGCAGGGGCUUGGGCGGGGAAGGAGCAGCAGUGACUUGCCCAAACCCCGCACCAGAGUGGGUGGCCGCGGCGGGCACCAGGAAGCAGCCGCGGAGACGAUCAAGGCGACGAGGAGGAGCCGCCCGUCGAAGCGGUCGCCAUGGAGGAGCAGAAACGACAGAUGAUCGGCGGCAGAGCUCGCCUUCGUGCGGGCGGCGCACGUGGGCAGGGGCGACGCAGAUUGGCCGCGGGCCAUCGGCGGCAACCGUCGCAGGGCGCGGACGGAGGGGGUACCAAAUUAGAUCCAUCAUGAACUAUAUUUUAAUUAUCCUAAAUACUUAUUAGCGCAGCUACACUAAUUGGAGCUCCCGAGCGCACGGAUCAGAGCCGUCCGAUACAUGCACGUGUUGACGCAUGUGAUUAUUUAAGACAGCGGACGAUGACAGUGUGUGAAGACCGCGCCCACGUGCAUGUAAAUAACCAACACUAAUGUGCAUGCAUGUGCUGUCUUCACCUAUUUAUUUCGUUUCAAUUUUUUCAAAAA